AGCUGCUGCAGAACCUCCUAAUACACACCUCAGCUGCUGCAGAACCUCCUAAUACAGCUUAUUUCUAUGUUUUCUGUGGUUUAUUCUACUGCCGGGGAAGCAUCUGUAUCUUUAAGGUCUCUUUAUUUGACGUCUGCUGAGCUCUGAGUAAAUCUCGUAGGACUCGGCAGUUCAUUCUGUUCCAGCAUGACCAGUACGUCACCUCGUCACCUCGCUCACACCGAGGACGUCUUGUUCUGGUCACUUUCUGAUUGUCUUAUCAGCCUGGUGUAGGAGACAGUAAAUAGAGGGCGCGCUCAGUGUCGCAGGCUGGAGACGCUCCGCUGCGAUCGGACUGACAGGAGAGGACGUUGGAUUGUAUAAGGAAGCGAUGCACGAAGAAGUGAAACUGGGGGCGUCUUACAUCGUAAGACUGCUGAACCGUCACCAAAAACUGGACCGUCAGCAGGUGAAGAGAUUUACCGAAACCCUCACCUCCAUUUUAUGCGACAGGUUUGAAGGACACUGGUAUCCCGAGAGCCCCCAGAAAGGCCAGGCCUACAGGUGUAUCCGGAUAGAAAAAAACAUGGCGGUGGAUGACUCCGUAUUACGGGCCUGCGUUCGGAGCGGUGUGCGCUGCUCACAGUUGGCUUUUCCCAAAAACAUGUAUAUUUGGAUUGAUCCAAAGGAGGUGAGCUGCAGGUUAGGAGAGAGCUGUAGCCCCUUCAUUGUGAAGGUUCCAGAAGAAUCCAAGAAGGAGACAACUGAGGAGAAACCGGAACAGGACACGUCAGACUACCACUCGGACGGCUCAAGCAGAUCUCCGUCAGAAUGCUCGAGCGAGGAUGAAGAAAGCGUCAUGAGCAAAACGAAAUCUCCUGCGACUGAUACUCAGAAAAUGGGUCCCGAGUAUUACUACAGCCCAACGCCAUCCUCCACCGUCUUCUACCAGUACCCCGGUGGCGCUAUCAGCUUCAUCCCAACCUAUCAGCCCAUGACCUUGUAUUACCUGGUGCCGAAAUACUAUCACAACGUCAGAUCUCGGGGAGUUCAGAGGAAAUGGAAAUCCAAAAAGUCAUCACCUCCCACCAAAAGUUGAAGUAGGACUUUUUAUCGGUCGGCCUCCGGAAAAAAUUUCAACCUCAUUUACUUGAAAAUAACUGAAUCUGUGGCCGGUGUCCUCGGCAGUAGGACGUGAGCCUAGCUUCAUGGUUCGGAUCUCCUUGAUCAGCUAUUGUGUGUAGUCUGAGAAUUUUACAGGAACACUCAGGGACCAGAGUAAAAGCUGUGAAUGAGCGCAGCUCUGGGGUAAAGCUACUGAUACGACUUGACGGACCAUGACCCACCACUGAGCAAGGUCCGUCCUUGGUGGCAUCAUGUGGCAUCACUAAAUGUGUUACUGCAUUAUAGGUAAGCACAAUGGAUAUCUUCUUAUACCUCCGACACAGGCCUGGGCAAACGCCAGGUAGCCAAUGUGCCUUUUGCAGUUUUGGAUUUUUCUAUUAAAUUCUAUGAAGCUGCACAUUUUUGAGAACGUUCUAUGCACUGUGGAGAUCUCCACUUAAAGGGGAGCUCCACCUCCAUUCGUUUAACCCUGCACAAUCUCACCAGAUGCAGAUUCUGCAGUAUUACGAUGACUAUCCUUCUUCAGGUCCGGAACCAAAGGGCAAAAAGUCAACAGUCCUAUCGGGCACCAUAUACUGUCACCUUUAAGAAGUUGUCACACCCCUCCCCCCUUACAUUGGGAGGAAAAACUCAAAUCCAUAUGGAAUGUGCUGAUACACGGGAAUGUGGCGGUAGUUCUGAUGUUUUUGAAAUUCUCCUCUAUGAAGUCAACGCCUCUUUUUUUGGUGCAGAUUAGCAAAAAAAUAAGCUGAUGCCUGGCUUUUAAAGGCGGCGUGAUUGUUCUGAUUCAUGAGGCCCAUUGAGGAUACCGCCACGCUAAUGGAGUGUGAAUAUUUAUGUAAAUGAGGUGUAUAAAUAUUUAUGGUUCGUGCUGGUCACUGUGAUCAUGGGAACAAAUUUUUGGAAAAAAUUUGAUUAUUAUUAUUUUUUAAAUAUAUAUGCUGCUGCGUAAUUAACUGAAAGGUCUGUGAGGCGUGACCUUCCAUUUGAGUGAAACUACGGUUUCCAGGAUGCUGGGGCUCGUAGUUUUGCCCAAGCUGGAUGGUCACAUGCUGGGAGUUGUAGUAUCACAAUAGCCACAAGUUCCAGACCUGCUUUCAGCUUUUAAUUUAUACUGUUGUAACAGGUCCCGUCUCCUCAGGGAUCGAUUAUAUACUCAACGCUGGUAGGUUUUUUCUACCCCGAUGCUGCUCAGUCUUGGCAUUUAAAGCUUUAUUUAAAGGUAUUCUAUGAACAAUAAGUUAAAUUUGUGAUAUCGAAAUGUUUGGAAUUAUGUCUUUAUUAAUCUAUUGUAAUGCAGAGAAGCUUCAUCAUUGUGUUUUUAUGUUAUUUUUUUCUGGAGACUUUUUAACAUAUUUUGUAUAAAAAAUAUUUAUUAUAUAAGAGUUGACUUUAACAAAAACGUCUGUCUCUAUGUGAGUGUGCUGGGCGGGGCUUGUCCUGCAGGACAUAAGCAGGGGCGUGUACUGAGGGAGGAGCCUGUAGGGAAAUGCCUGCAAUGCACCUUCUAGUUCCAUAAGGUUUCUAUAAUAGGGUAGGAGAUAAGCAGCAGCCGGACUCCUCUGCUUAUCCUUAUCCCACUAGUAACCAAGGAAAAUCCAACUUGUGUGACUUCAGUUUUCCCCCUGAGGAGGGACAUUUCAGGCUGUACCCGAACACACUGAAUCAUCAGCAGGUCCCUUUAAAUUGACA